CAACACCUCUGGAAGGGGGAAAUUAUCACCACGCGUCGUCUAUCAAAUCAGCAAUACACGAGUUUCCACAACGAGCGCAUCUACAUCUCUAUACAUGCCGACUAUAUACGAUCUUGUAACUUCUGAUCGGCUUUUCAGCAACUCGCAAUCAACAUCCGAUACCAUCAAUAUUUUUAUCGACGUCUUCCCACGAUGAAGUGGUAAAACGCGACGCAUCGUUAGACAACCAGUUACUCUGCGUUCUCGUAAAGUGGGCGACAUUGACGGCAAAAAUGACCACCAUAGAUCUCAAUCGCGAUCCCAAGCACAAACACCCCGACUUGCCCGUCCCGAACGAGAUCACCGAAGAAAACUGGAGCGAUUCCUCAGACGAUAGCGAUGCCGAAAGUCCCAGCACCGGCGAGGCCGCACAGCAGCCGCAGCAGGUGGAAUGGCUUGCCACGUCGCGCGCGAAGCGGUCCACGGCCGGCAACCGUAUGAAGUCGAUGCUCGCCAACGAAGAGCCCGCCGCCGAAGACUCGGAUCUGGAACUCCUCUUUGCCGAAGACGACGACGAUGCUGGCUUUACCGACGAGGACAAGGAUGACGCGUCCGAUGUCCAGAUGGACUCGUCCUCGGACGACGAAGACGACAAGGACGGUGCUGCCGCCGACGAUCUCGAGGGUGAAAAGGAGCUGGAGCGCCAAGCAAGGGAAAAGAGGAACGCGCAACGGAAGAGGAAAGCUCAGGAGGCUAUCCCCAUGAAGUUCAGGAAAAAGGUUCGCAUCGAGCAGCCGCCGUCAGCCACGGGAGAGAGUGCCGCCGGAAGUCCCGCGCCGUCGACGACAGGCACUCCUGCUGCCUCCUCUGUCCGGCAAGGACCGACACCGCGCCCGCCUAGACCCAAGAAAAAGUCGGAAAGGACGAGUUGGUUGCCGACCCUGGCCGAUAUGCCCACGCGAGCGUCCGAGCGCAGGACGACCAAGAUGAGCAAGGAACAGCUUCAUCAGAAGAUGAUCGACGACGAGAUUCGCCGGAAGAAGCUGAUGGAAAAGAUGGAGAAAAACGCAAAGAGGUUAGAGGCCUUGAAGAAGCCACCAAUGACACAGGCGGAGCGGUUGGCUGAGGCAGCUUUGGUGGAAAAGAGGAACGAGAAGAGCUUGAACCGAUGGGAGGAGGCGGAGAAGGUGAGGGAAGAAGAACGCUUGAGAAAGAUCGCGGCCCUGAACAAUCGCAAGCUGGACGGUCCGGUAGUCACUUUUUGGAGUGGUAUUCAGACGUUGGAGGAAGGACAACAAAAACACGUUGGCAAGAUGGUGUCCAUGGAGGAGAAGCCGGUCAGGAAGAAGAGGCAAUCUGUCAGCGCUACUCUUGCUGCUCAGGAGGCGGCUGAGAAAGAGAAAGCAAAGGCUGAGGAAGCCUCCAGGCAAACACCAUUGACUGAGAAGGGAGAUGACAAGUCGGCCGAGGCGGCAACCAAACAGGACAAUAAAAUGGAGGCACAAGCGGAAAAAGCAGUUCCGUCAAUAGCAUUGCCCGAACAGCCACAAAAACCAAUAUCGACUCCAGACGUUGUUAUGAAGGAUGCGCCCGAACCACCACAACCUCCACAACCAUCUACACUCGCACCUAUCCGAGGACCUAUGGCCCCGCCGCCUAUCCCUUCUCCGCCGCCGCUCGAGACGAAGCCUGCGCCUUCAUCAGGAGUUCUAGCUGCCCCCGUCCUGGCCCCACCAGGAGGAGUAGCACCCCCUAUGCUCGAUGUCCAGAUGCCCGGGUUAGCAUUUCCAUUUAGUAACGGGAUGUCAAACGUUCUUGCGCCCCCUAACACUACUUCGCCUCUUUCAAUGCCUCCGUCUUCCGGGAGUUUGAGCACCCUUACGCCUGCGCCAGCUCCAGCUCCUACUCCAGCUUUGCUUUCUGCGCCGGUGACGUCGGCCCCUACUACCACUCUCAGCUUUGCGCCCACACACAUCCCAGCACCCGCACCCGCACCUUCUCCUGCUGUUGAUAGGCUUGCUCGUGAUCUGCCUUCACCAGCUACUACAGUAUUCACAACUACUAUUCAGACUAAGCAGGCACCGACACCUCCUUCUUCGCAGUCUGCCACUAUCAGCCCUGAGAAGCUAAAGAAAGAGGAGAAAUUCGCCGUACCACGAGAGGACGACAAAACUGGACAAGGUGACAAGAGCGAAGAAAGUAGGAAAGAAAAUAAAUCCGACAAUGCGAAUGCGGGACCGGAUCGGCCCCAGGAAGGGGCAUCGGUGUCCACUGACCAACCCGCCGCUGAAGGGGAAGAAGGGAAAACGGUCAACAAAGUUACCCGUAGCUGCAUCAUUCUCCAGAAUUUUGAUGAAGCCGCUAUCAAGGACAAGCAGGUCCAGACGCAGAUUAUCUUUGGGAGGAGGAUGGAGAAACUUGCCAAGCCCGCCCAUCCUCCACUCUGCGUUGUAACUGGCCAUCCAGCCCGUUACCGAGACCCCAAGACUGGUCUCCCCUAUUACAAUGCCUAUGCCUAUCGCGAGAUCCAGCGCGUGCACAGGGGUGAUUACAAGUUCAGUGCGCUGUUAGGAGCAUACGUGGGCAGCGGAACGUACGCGGCCAAGGGCGUGCCAGAAAGGUUCUUGAACCCUAACGGGAAGAGGUCGACGCCAAAAGAAGAUCCAGCAGUCAAACUAGCCAAGCUGAAAGAGGCUCAAGAAGAAGCGGAAAAAAGAAAAGAGAAGAACAAAGAGGCUUUGGAAGUGGGAAAGGCCAAGGACAUUGAGGCCGGGGAUAAACACCUGGAUAACGUCCAAGCCACUGAACUGCCGCCCCUGAGGCAACCGAAGCUACCGCAGCUGCCACGAAGAGCAAGUGGCACGGAGGUGACUAAUACUAUCAAGGCAAGGAGCAAGAGCAAGGAGACGACGAGACCGUCUGAGCCGAAACGGAAGACGUCGACGUCUUCGUUGCCAGCGACGAUGACAGGGCCGGUGGUCCAGGCUAAGCUGGAGCCGAUUGAGGGUGUUGCUCUUCCACUCAAAGCUACUAGCGCUCCUGCACUUACACCUACUCCUAAACCAAUGGCAGCGACAAUGACGACGCCAGCAAACCCAUCAUUAUUACAACUAUCAACGUCAACGCCGCCACUACAAACUCAAGCCCAGUUCAAGCUAGUGGAUGAUGAUGUGAAGACACAGACACAACAGCUACCAGUGAAAUCAACUUCUUCAUCAAAUUCUCAGCCAACAUCAUCCCAGGCAUCACAACCACAACCACAACCACCAGUCCAGCAGUCUUUGACGGUUCCUGCUCCUGUUUCUGCUCCAAUCCCAAAUCCAGCUGCGGCGCCAUCCUCUUCUUCAGCAGCAGUAGAAGCCCCAACCCAACCACCAGCCGACGACUCUUCCGUCAAGCCAGUCGAACCAACUCAACCGUCACAACCUCCUCCUCCUCCCCCUGCUCAAGAAGCAGCAGCACAAACACCCAUAGCAGAGACUCGCUUCCUACCCGCUCCUGUGCCGGACAUGUCAUAGCGGGGACAGGACAUGCCGCAUUGUACAGGCGGACGCCUGGAAGGAAGGAAGAAAAGGAGUAGCUGGUUAGAUAUCGUGCUGAAUUGGUUACGAUGAGCUGAGAUGUGUAUGUAGAUAUGUAGAUAUAGUUGUCUAGUAUGGAAAGUAUGGGAAGUGGUGUACUACUAGUGUACUAGUGAGUGUACUAUCGUUAUCGUGAUUGUUGCUGCUGUUCAAAACAUACAUGGAUGGAUGGAUGGAUGGA